GACGCUGUUGCCACGUAGCCGAGCUCAAACUUCCUGAAGGCUCUGAAGUUUUUCCAGGAGCAUCCCUCUGCUACUUACGGUCAGUUCAUCCCUUUUUCCCCGGCUGUGCCAUAACCAAAUUUAUCAAACACGGUGCCAGGUUUGAGCGCGUCUGCCUGGCGCCUCUAAACUCUGGAGACAAAGUUAUGUGGAUCGCUGCAGGAAUUCCUGAGCAGACAGACAGACAGACAGUGACAGUGAAUAACGGACCCACUCAACGCUGCAAGGACUGUUUGGGAGCUGAUAUGAGGUGACAAAGAGGGCCUGUUCAAGUAGACAGUAGCCUCUCAUUCUCUUAACAUAAAGGAGGGAAUUAUUCAGUCCCAAUGGAGUCAUGCAACUACAAACACUGGCGUACAAGCUAAGGCCAAGUGUCAGUGCAAUAAUGCCACCAGAGCUGUUUACUUUUCACAUCAUCUUUCACCAACGAGUUCAAUAAGCCUACAGGUAAACAAUACUUUUUUUUUUCAUAAAACCUUCAAUAAGCCUCAUAAAGGAAACUGAAUUUACUAUCAUUAAGAUGUCCAUAAUGACUCUGGGGGGAACUGUCCUGCUGCACUGUCACCUCUUCAGGUUUUAGUGCAACUAAAAACAUCAAGUUUCGCAAACAAAUCUUUGAAGUCUACCUCAAAUGCACCCUGUAGUUCUGUCUGCCAAAUUACAAGAGGUGAAAAACAAGCUGACAUAGAUAGUCACAUCAUCAAACAACAAGAAUGAUGACCCAUCAGCACGUCAGUAAGCACUGUAAAGGAGACUCAUAGUUUUGGUUAAGUAUUUUUCUGUAAGCCUGCAUGAAUCUUACAGAAGUCUUUUCCCUUGUGUUGUAUAACUGUAUUGUUGUAUUGUUUCUUUAUUUGGAGAAAAGCAUCUUAAAAUUUUUUUUUUCUAUUUCGUCAUGGAUAAGAAGCUUACAAUCUUAAAAACUGAAAAACAGAAGGCCUUUGGUCAUUUAAAUAAACUAAAUAUGUGUCUCAUAGUUUUUUUAUGGAGAGCUAAUUUAAAGUGCUUAUGAAAUGCUAUGAGAGUUUAUUGGGUUUUUAUUGCAUACAAAAUGUUACAUAGGAUUAUCUGUCAAUCCCAAAAGGGGGUUGAUUUGCUUAAUUUGUUUAUUUGCUGAUACCAGUGUUAACUGAAUAUUUUAGAGCAACUGAAUAUAUUGGGAUCUGUAAAACCCAAGGGGUUCUUGUUAUUUUUUUAAUGAAAGUUAUUAGUUAAAUGUCUUAUUUAAAUUAAGCCAACACUGGUCUACAGUGAAAAAUAUUUAAUAGUUGCCUUCAAAGUGUGAAUAAAUUAUUUAUGAUGGUUGCUACACCUUAAAAUGAUAAAAUGUUUCCCUUUUAUGGAUCUUCUAGGACUCCUUAGUAUAAUCACCUUCUGCAGGACCCUCUUGUCCCUGCAGGCCACCAUUGCUCCACCACCAAUGGGGUGAGUGUGGGAGAUUUUUAACCUGAAAUCAGAUUGUUAGAUGUUGUAAAACACCCAUUUUUAAUCAGUAAACCUUUAAGAAGGAAUGUUUUACUGUUAUUGGUAAAGGUACAAUCCUUCGACUUUUUCAGAGAGCACUGAUCAGCCAAACAUGGCUUUUUUUGGUCUUGUUUUAUUUUGAUCAGAAAAGGGCUUAAAUUAUUUUAACAAACACCAACAACUAUAAUGCUGGCAAUACAGAACUACACACAAUCAUCACACGCAUGAAAACCUUAAUUUUGUGUAUAAUAUUAUUUAAGUCAAUGAGCAAUUGGACACAGUAAAUUCACAAUUAAAUAGAUAAGAUAAUAGACUUCCUACAAUAGUACACAAGCAAAAGAUCUCCACUUAGGGUCCAUCUGGUGCUCUUGAUUGUAUUAAAUAUGACUGUUCAUCAUGUAGUUCAUAGUGAAAGCUCAUAGUGAAAAGUAUUUGUUUUUUAUCUGACCAGGAAGUCCCCGCCGCCCUGAACUUCACAGGAAUGUCAUUCCAGUUUCUCACAGACGUGAGCAAAAUGAGGAAACAAGACCGAUUUUAGAGGAUGAAAUCCUGUCAGGGUGAGUACUGCAGCAGUGUCACUGUCUGUGAUAGUGAAGGGGGAUUUCUUGGGUCUAUAAAAAUAACACUGGAUAUCAUCAUAUUUUGAGGCUGGUAUACUAAAACUUCGUAAUUCUGCUUCAGUGGUAAAACUUGAAUGUAAAGGUUUCAGAUAUUGGCUUUAUCAGGUGAGGAAAUGCUUUAAAGUUGUCUAAUGGUUGGUUUGAUGAUGUUGGGUAUUUUGGAUCUUGACAGAAAAUCUGGCUGUACAAUCCUCAGCUGGUUUGAUUUAAUUUCAGUGUCUUGCAAUGUUUGUUUUAAAGCUGGUUGCUGGAUUAAAAGGUCAGUAGUACCUCAGAGCCUGACAUCAACUAUCAUCUGACUGUAUUUUGUUCUCAUUUCACCAGAUCCACUUUAUCACCAGUAUAAGCUCUUUCUCCAAUAAUGGUUACGUAUUUAUUCACUGAAUGUACUGUUGUCAAACGCACUUCAACUACUUUACUCAUUCAGUACGAAUUUAAAUCAUGUUAAAGGCGAAAUUUUGAUUUUGACUAAAGUACAGUUCAGUUGUUUUCACUUUGACCACUUUCUUCAUUGGUAUUAAUACCAGUUUGCUUCUAACACAAUUCAUACAACUAUUCUAGAGCAUGGGUCAGCAUGGUAGCCCUCUUUUGAAGUAUCACACCAUACUUGGGGCUAACUGUACACACUAAUGCUGUGUUCCAUACAAUUCUUAUUCCACAUUAUAUUUUACCAACAGGAUGUUCUUUUCCUAUGUCCUAAAAAAUAAUAUUUCAUUAUCAUUUAAAAUGUAGUGAUGAUGGUUGUCAUUUGGAGUAGAUUUUUUGUUUGUAGCAUGUAAGGGAUUUAAUUGAACAGAGGUGUUUGAUGAUACUUAUCAACAUGUUGUUCUGAUAUUUGAAUGCUUGAUCAGUCCACUGGGCUUUAAACCCAAAUAUUUCAGAGUUAUUUCGUGUAUUAUGGCCUUAACCUUUGCCAGUAUCCCUUCAUUUACUUCUGUGAAGUUAUUAAUCUUUCAAACCUGAGCUCAGAUGUUGAGUUUUGAUCACAUGGCUGUAAAGUCCUCCUGUUGUGGAGUCAGAGGCACACACUAAAUUCCUCACUCCUGUGCUGUUACCAGGUUGUGGGAUUUGAGCUGUUUAUAAAAGACCAAAUGGGCUCAGUGUUUGCCACACAGCUGUGUUUUGUUGAUCCAAUCUCAAGUGGACUUCCUAAUGAAAUCAUGGCAGACAACAAAUCAGUUGUCAGGGCAACAAGGCUGCAAUAGGCACUUCUGGACUCCCUUGUCUUUUCUCUAAGCAGGAUUCAUGGUAGGAACCAAACCGGGUGGGAGCUGCAGGAACUCAAGAUUGGAAAAAAACAGCAACAAAUAAUUACUUUUAUUUCGUAUUCUUUUCAAAGGGGGGAUUUAUCUAAGGAGUUAAUCCGGACCUGAGGAGUCUGACUGAAAUGUGCACAUAGCCGGACAGAGAUCAUGGGUGAGUUUCAAAUGAAUGACUUCAUUGGCUGUUGAGAGAUAUUAUCUUGUAGGUAUUUUGAUGCAAAGAAAGUUGAGCAGGUAAAAGAUAAAAGGAAAUGAAUGAGGUUUCUCUUUAUUGUGGAACCUAAUAAAGGCUAACAAACGUAAUGUUUGCACCGUCCUGCUGCUGUGCAGUUACUGCUCUAACUGUUCUGUGUUUAUUCACUUACUGCUGAUAGUACUUUUUAUGCUGCUGUUUUCAUUCUGGUUUCAUACCACUGCUCUGUGACCUUUUGACUGCCCUUCAUUGACAAAUAAUGUAGUGAAAUUGAAGUAAUUAUAAAACUUAAAAUGAAUCAACCAAAAGUUGUAAAAAUUGUAAUUCAGGGUUUCUUUGUGUGUGUUUUUUUUUUUUUUUUUUUUUACAUAGGCUGUCUCUUUGGUUAGAGAGAAUAUGUUUUAAAAAGCACCGAGAUUCAGCAGCUUUUGUUUGGAUUUGCAUCAUUUGCAUUUCUCUCAAUACACGCUGAACAUGAAAGAGCUUCAUGUGAGACACAGCUGCAUAACAAUGAGAGUGAUAAAAGUGUGUCACACAUUUAGAAACUGGAUAAAAUGAAACAGUCUGAAACCAUUUUGACAGGAGCUGCACUAAAUAAACCUCAUGUAAUGUCAAGUAUGAGCUGCUCUAAAUUAAUUCAGCAAAGAUUAAAGCACAGUGUUCAAUAUACUGUGCUAUAAAUGUAUGUUUAUGUUCAAAAGCCUAUUUACAUCUGUACGUCAGAAAACAGAACUGCAGUGUGAGCUCACACUAUAUGACGUUAUUCAUUUAUAGAUGUAGUAAACAUGCUGUUUUUUCUGUUGUAUUUCCACACUUAACAAGAAGAAGAAACAUUUCUUGAUGUUAACACUUUGAUGUCUUAUCACUUUAAAACAUAAAAUAUUUGGUGAGCACUAACUGGAAUUUUAACUGUGAAACCCAAAGGAAUAUUCCAUUGUAAAUUUGAGUUAUGGUCAAACACACCGUAACGCGGAGUUAGACACCCCCCUCGAGAAAUGAAUGUUGCCGACUGCUUGCUUCUCUAGUUAUACCAACUUCACAGCGGUCUACGUCUCCACGCGCUAACCUCAACCAAAAAGCCACUCUAUAGCCACAGAUAAUGCUCAGAACACCUAACUUCAUCAACAGUUCAGAUAGGGCCUCAGCCAUAGUACUUGCCAUCAAACAUCUUGUUAGCUUUGACUGGUUUCUUUAGCAAAGAGACCAAACACAACUCACCCACUCUCCUUCAGCAGCCGCUUGUUUGAGGGGAGCCUUGACGAGUCGAUCACAGAGUGCAAAAUUUAUGAUUAGCACUUCAUGGAAAUCCAAUCAGAGUUCUUGUGUAUCUUGUAUGUGCGCUGCAGAUGCAGAUGGUAGUUCUUCUGCUUAAGCGUUUGGAUGUUGUCUAAACAAAGACUUUUAAUCUACUAAUGGACUCUUGAAUGUUUUUACUCUUGGACAGUUUUCAUCAUCUUUUCAUUGGUGGUCGUGAACGGAGAAAUACUCUUUGCAGAGCUAUGGUCCUUUUAGAGACACAAACUGUGUGAACACCUGUGUUAAAAUGUCAUUUAAAAAAUAGCUGUAUGUGAUCCCAAUUAUCAUCAUAACAUUGUCAAUGAUUGAUUUUCUGGCACCAAAAGUCACAAUCUCCCAGAUUUAUUGGAUAUCGAGACAACUCCAUGUUUUCCAUUGUUGUUGAAUGCAAAUUAAUUGGGUCAAGUGAUCAGGGAGCAAGAAUACUAGUCAGAUGUACAGAACUAAGUGAGAUAUAAUUUAAUGGGACUGCUAGUUCAAAGUGUCUCAUAGUAACAAAUGAUUAAUGACCAUCUGUUUAGCAUAAAUAAAUAAAUUAUUUUCAAAAGGAUUAAAGAUGCUCUCCUGUCUGUUUCUUGUCUUUAGUGUAAAUCUUAGUUUUUUGCUCUUUUAAAAUGCCUUUUUUCCCUCCUUUAGGUAAUGUCAUCCUCCUGUUGGCCAGUACCGUGUCCACACUGGGUGGUCUGGUCUUUGGCUAUGAAAUGGGAAUCAUCUCAGGAGCCCUGCUGCAGCUCAAGGUGGAGUUUCAGCUAUCAUGUGUCCAACAGGAGGCUCUGGUCAGCUCCAUGUUGAUAGGGGCUUUGCUGUCCUCCAUCAUCGGCGGCUGUUUGAUUGACAAGCAAGGCCGCAGGAAGUCCAUCAUCCUGAGCAACAUCCUGAUCUUGAUCGGCAGCCUGGUCCUGCUCAUCAGCUCCUACCCUGCACUGUUAGUGGGCAGGAUCAUAGUGGGCUUUUCCAUAUGUUUAUCAUCCAUGUCCUGCUGUAUAUAUGUGUCUGAACUGGUAACCCCAGAUCGCAGGGGCUUCCUGGUAACGCUGUAUGAAGCUGGAGUUACGGUGGGAAUUCUGGCAGCGUACGCCGUCAACUACAUCCUGUCGGACUUUAAAAGUGGGUGGAAGUGGAUGUUUGGAUUAGCCAUAGCACCAGCUUUGAUUCAGCUGGUCUGUGUCUGGUUUCUUCAAAGAAGAACAAGAAACUCCACAUGCCGAAAAGACUGCUCUCAAGCAGAGCAAGACCUCCUAACCCAAGAAUCAGAUGGUUCAAGAGUCAUUGUGGGCCAAAUAGAUCAGUACAACACGAUGUGCUUAUUCCAGCGUCAAAACAACAUGAGGACUCGGACUGUGAUUGGUCUCGCUCUUGUGCUCUUUCAGCAGUUCACAGGCCAGCCCAACGUGCUCUUCUACGCCUCCACCAUCUUCCACUCAGUUGGGUUUCAGAGUGACUCCUCAGCAGUUCUGGCAUCUGUGGGGUUGGGAUUAGUCAAAGUGAUUGCCACCCUGAUCUCCAUGGUGGUCUCUGACAGGGUGGGCAGGAGGCCUCUGCUCAUCAGCGGAUGUUGUGUGAUGGCGCUGAGUCUGAUAACCAUUGGACUCUUGAGUGGACAGUUAGUGAUGGAUGCUGUUAAGCCUUGUAGUUCAAAUGGCUUCAGGGUCAACAGAACAGAUCUGCCUCAAUUUACCCUUUUCAAUCAGUCACUUCCUGAAACUGCAGCUUCAUCCAUCUAUCUGGUGGAUGGAGAAGAGAGAUCUCGGAGUCACAGACAAAAUUGGAGGAAUGGAGUUGCCAAAACAGCCUUCAAUGAGGGCCAAAGACUUCCGGAAACUGAAAAUGGUAUAUUUGAUCCAUUUGGACAGAAUUUAACAGGCUCUGCUUUAAAGUCUUCACAACGCCCCAGCAACCAAGUGGUGAACUGGGUCAUUCUCGUGUGUAUGAUGGCCUUCGUCAGUGCGUACUCUACUGGAUUUGGACCAAGUUAGUAUAUUUACACAGACUGUGACUUUCUAUAAACUUAGAAAUAUUUAACCCUAUUAAAUUCAAUUUGAGAUGUGAUAGAAAGCAUAAUUUUUUAGACAGGGCCAUGCUAUCAGUAAUAGAUAAUGUGAUCUAAGCCAUGCAAUAAACAUUUUAAUGCAUUGUUAUCAGAGGGGUCUCGGGUCCCCUGAAAGGUCAUCCAGUUACUAAAACCUGCUGGCCAAGCAUUAUCUUGCUUGUUACAUGGUUACUUACUUGACAUAUCUCUAAUUCACUCCAAAUAUUUAUUUGUAAAGUUUAUUGAUUUGAAGGUAAUGUGGGUAGGAAGAUGAUUAUUUAGGUAAAUCCAGUACUCAGCUUGUAAACUGAAAUGCUGUUGCUCAUCCAGGAUAAGCAUGACCCCCAGUAUGUCAGGGAUUUUAUCAUCAUAAUCAUCUAGCAAAACAAAGUCUAUUUUGCAAAUCUGUUAUUCUGGUCCUUCAACCAGUGCAUUUCGCUUCUCAACUCAUGAAUUACAAAAACAUGUAUGUUACUAGCAUGGUUGUAGGGGUGCUCAAUAUAAUCAACAUGGAAUGAACAUUGGCAGAUACUAGCUUAAAAAGAUAAUUCUUGGUAUCAGCAGAUAUGACCACUUCUAUAUAUGUAAGUGAGAACAGAAGAAGCAUCACUGAAUGUCUGUAUGAGGAAACAUGCCUUUAUCAUCUUUAAUUACCUCUAACAGAGUGACAGGUAGGUUCUGUAACAGGAGAAAAUAAGGAUUCUUUGAAACAAAAAGGUAUAUUUCUUCAGGUACUGAUAUCAGUGUUAGCCCAAAUGACUUCGAAAAUAUGAGCAAAUCAGAUAUCAGCAUAAAUCCAAGAUCUUGCACCCCUACAUGGUGGUGCGAGAUGGCAGCCUCUGUGGAAGGGGGACGACUCUUGUGUAGAUACCAAAGGUUUAUUGUAAGUUAAAAACAACAUUUAUAUUUAGAUGAUAAAAACCUUAUUUGAACAAACCAUUAACAAACAUUAUAUUUAAUUUCUACCAAGUAAUAUAUUCUAAGUGCUGCUAAAUACUAGUACAUUCAAGGUAACGGUUAACUCUGAAGCCAUCUUCAUGGAUGGUGAAGUUAAUUUAAGAUUCAAGGCUAUGUACUCUCUGCAUACAGGGACGCCUUUCUCCAUUAUCCUCAGAUUAUAUCAGGCACACUUAGAACAACCACACCUAUUUUAAUGAUAAAUCAGAUAUAAAAGUAAAAACAGAACUGUUAAUAAUCAAGUCAACAGUGAUCAGCUGGAUUGGGAGAAGUUGCUGCAACUGGAACUUUCUCACCAUCUUAUAUGUUAACCAUAUUAAUCUGAUAAGUGUUCACUUCAUGCUUUGUCUUCAGUUUUUAAAUGUACCCCAUCAUAGCUCACAGUUUUGUGUUCCUACAGUCUCACCUCUCCUGUCUUUUCUCAUCCAGAGUCUAUGAUUAGAGCUGCAUACCCAGUAACAUUCUUUUCGAGGUAGCAGAAGUCUGCUAUCUAAAAAUAACAGCCCCCUGCUGUGAAAUAUUGCAAUGUGAGGACCGAUUAAAAUCAAGUACUCAACAAAGAAGGGUAGUAAGCACUUUUAAGCUGUUAUUACUUAGAGGUACAUAAUAUAGCUUUACUUUUCUUGGCAAAUGUACCUUGUAAACCAACUUCAUUCACUUCAGAUUCACUGUUUCAGUAUCAGUCAAGCUCUGUUGUCCACCAUAGAUCUUAAUUUCGUUUAGCUUGGAAAUAAAUGUUUUUUUUGUUGUUGUUUGUUUUAUCUUUCUCCAGUGACAUGGCUUCUCCUCAGUGAAAUAUUUCCCACUGCGAUCAAAGGACGGGCCUUCGCCUUUACCAACUGCUUUAACUGGGCUGCUAAUUUGCUGGUCACCUUCACUUUCUUGAAUUUCAUUGGUGAGUUCUCACACUCCAUUUUCAGAUCAGACAUUUGUGUGGUCAGAGCUGGAUAAGUUAAGUUAUAUGAUAAUGUUAAUUAGGAUUUGUUUCAUGGGGAUUGUUCAGUAAGCUUGUGAGCCAACAUAAAGAAUAGCAGAGCUCUGGGAAUGGAUGAAGUUGCAUGAAACUCAAAUGAUGAUAUAGGAUGCAGAUGAUUAUGUAUAGCUGGGAUAUUAUUGUCUCUUACAUGAAAUAGACCUGAUUAUACUAAAACCUUUGUACGUGGAGCUUUUUGAUUUGAGAAGUUUGCUCAUCUCUCUAGUGUUUUUGUUCUGUACGCGCCCAAGUACAGUUAUCUGACCAAAACAAGGCAAAUAUUAUUCUACCUUCUUCUUAUCAAGAAUCUUGGCUGUAGAAAAUUUAAAAAGAGGCUUUCUGUUGCAAGUUUUUAAUCUUCUUAGUCCUACACUGUGGCAGCAGUUUCAGGCAUUAAAAUUACAACAAAACAAUAAUCCGUCAGUGAUGUUCUCAUUUGCUUCAGUCGGUUGUAUACAGGCAAACAAAACUCUAAACAGGAGCCUUUCAGGAAUGUUUUGACCCUUGUGUUAUCCUUAUUUUCAGUCUUUGGCCAAAAAACCUUGACUAAACCCCAUUAAAUAAGCAGCAUUUAUGAGAUUGGACCAAAAGUUAUCCUGAAUGAACAAAAGAACUGGUCAUUCUUUCCAAACUAUGAGAAUAUCUAGGUUUUCCGUGAAGAGUGGGUAAAUGCUCAUAAAUUGCGGUGCAAGGACACCCUGGACACGACUAAUUAUGUCAGUGUUGUGUCAGAAGGUUUGGAAACAGAAGCAGCAGGAUCUGAGUGCUGUCAAGCAGUCAACACUGUGUGCAACAAAAGCUGCAGGAAAUCUUUUUUCUGCUUAUUUUCAAAGAAUGAGAGGAAACUUGGUCAAACUUUAACAUGUGUCUUGGAAAAAAGUAUAACAGGUGACUCCCGCACUUGCAGGAGGAUUAAUGGUCCACUGGGGCCUUAUAUGUUCUAUGAAACCGCACGUUCAGCUUCUAUUAGCAUUUAUCUCCCACAAAUUUGUCAGGGUGAAGUUUAAAGGGCAUUUUCACCACAUUUAAACCCCAUAAUGUCAGUCAGGUAGGAGGGUAUUUUAUGUCCCAACUCUCUCUGAACCUCUAGAUAAAAGGGUGCUGACAUUCAGAUGGCUGUAAUUGUUGUAGUUGACUUGCAGACACUGCUUACACAAACACUUCAAACCAUUAAGCAGUGCAUGCUUUUGGAGAACACAGUUGCAGAGACUGAGGCUGCUACUUCAUGCAAUGACCAAUUCAUGGGUCGCCUGAGUGCAGUGAUUCAGAGUGGUGUCUGAUCCAGCAUAAUUUCAGAGAUUCUGGGCUGGGUUAGAGACAGAGAUUAGCACAAUCACUGGCAGAUGUGAAUGUGUAGAACCGGUUAACCAAAUGGAUUUUAUCUGUGUGUCCCCAGAUCUGAUUGGUCUGUCUGGGAUGUUUUUCCUGUAUGGGGUCAUUGCUGUGGCAGCUGCAGUUUUCUUUCACUUCAUGCUACCGGAGACCAAAGGAAAGACCCUGGAGGAGAUAGACAGGGAGCUGCGUUCAAACAGGUACGAUCCAUAUCCGAUAACACACACCAUCACAUCAGGUGAUAAGCGCUGAUAUGUUUGUUCUCUGACUUGUCCUACAGGUUUUACCACAACAAGGCCUGCUGUGGUAACUUCAGAAGCACGUACGCAAAGUAUCAGAGACUGCGAUGUCAGAACAACUCCUCUGAAUGAUCCAGUCCAAGUUACAGCGCCAGUAUUUUAUAUACAUGUAUUUAUAUCAGGAAAAGUCUCUCCACUGUAGUCUGCUGGCUUAAGAUACAAGCUGACAUCUGAAAGUAGGCUGAAGUUACACUACAUAUUUAAAUAAAUGUGUUUUAUUUUUAUGAGAUGUUAAUAAAUGAUUCCUGUUCAGUCACA